CGUUAACAGUAAACAAAACGUUCGCCAACGUAACAGACGUGUUCGCUCCGCGUAUUUUUCUUGUUUUAGUUUCUUUUGCGUCGAAUUACUUGAAACUACGCAUGUUGGUCAGCUUAUAAGUGCAAGCGAAAAACAAAGAAAUAUCCAUUUUAGUGAAUCCUUGGUGCUGUUUAAAUGAUCUCAACUUACAUAAGGCCAAAUAUUACACGAACAUUCAAGUUGCAUGCAGUGCAACACAACACAAAAGAAACGGGAAACGGGCAUCAUGCAAAAACAGCAAACCUAAUUUUAUUAACAAAGACACGCAAAUAAGUGCAUAUGAAAUUGCAAGCGAUUAUGCAAACGAUUGCUAAAGAGUAGCAAAAACAAAAACACUCUUCUCAACGACGAGCCUUCAGAAUUUAGAAUAUAGCACAAAUCAAAUCAAAACGAUUAGAGAAUAGUGGUUGAAGCGCGCCAACGUCAGCAUCUCUAGGUUUCAAUUAAUUAAUAGGAUUAACAUUACUUUUAUUGCAAACCAGUGAGAAAAGCUCCUCAACAUGGACACUGGCAAUGUGAUGGACAUUUAUGCCAUAUAUUUAUUUCGACCCGGAAGUUCGCCCGUUGAUUGGUGCGAGGGCAAUUAUUUAAUAUCGUCGAAUAUUGCUGAGUUCGUCAACACGUUCAGCAACUUUCUGUUCAUAUUAUUGCCACCAGUUUUAAUAAUGCUGUUUAAGGAAUAUGGUCGCUUUGUCACACCCGGAAUACACUUGCUUUGGGUGCUACUAAUCGUGGUUGGACUGAGCUCGAUGUAUUUCCAUGCCACUCUCAGUUUGUUGGGUCAAUUGCUGGAUGAGCUGGCUAUAUUGUGGGUCUUUAUAGCUGCAUUCUCAUUGUUCUAUCCUAAGCGCUACUAUCCGAAGUUUGUGAAGAACGAUAGGAGAACCUUCAGUUGGCUUAUGUUACUGUCGGCCAUUAUCGCAACAGGUUUGAGCUGGUGGAAGCCAAUCGUUAAUGCCUUUGUGCUCAUGCUUAUGAGUGUGCCGACAAUGAUAAUGCUCUACACUGAGCUGCAACGAGUACGAGAUCAACGCGUUUACCGACUGGGCUUGAGGGCGACAACAGUUUGGGGCGUGGCAGUCUUCUGUUGGAUUAACGAUCGCAUGUUUUGCGAAGCCUGGUCUGCUAUCAACUUCCCAUAUCUGCACGGAUUCUGGCACAUAUUAAUAUUCAUAGCUGCUUAUACGGUUCUGGUGUUGUUCGCCUAUUUCUAUGUGGAAUCGGAAUUGCCACAACGUCAGCCUCUGCUCAAAUAUUGGCCAAAGAAUGAGUUUGAGUUUGGCAUACCAUUCAUAUCCAUUAGAAAUCCAGCACUGAUUCUUGACUGAACUUAUGGAAACGAACCAAAACUAAUCACCUGCAUAAGACUACUACUAAUCAAUCCACGUAGUUUUUUGGCUCAAUACUAAAUCGAGAAAUACCUAUUGUUAUAAUUGCCUAUAAUUGAUGAUCCCACAGAUUCGAAAGAUUGGCACGUCUACUGCAGCUUGUUCAUGCAGGAUUUCAACAACGGGAAAAGUCUCUGCACGGAAGGCUCUAAAAUUAUUUAGACAAUUCUCCUAUACAAAUGCCCUAUACAAUAAACCAUCAUUAUAACAAUGACAAUGACAAUGUAUAGAGUGUUUAGCAUAGACAAAGUGAUAUAAAUUAGUGUUACGACUAAUGCCUAAGCAAUUUAAAUUAUAUACAUACAAACAAACAUACAUAUAUCUAAAUAUACUUAUGACUAUACAAUCCUGAACAAUUAAAUAGCUUACCUGGUACUAAAGGAAAACAAAACAAAUUUCAAUAGCAAUGCAAGGUUUAUAGCUGCCAUUUAGAAAAUACUUAAGGGCAAUUGAACAAAACACAAAAUAAAUAUUACUUUACAAAUAUGCAAGUAAAAUGAAAUGUACUGAGUUAAAAAGGCAAAUCAAUUGUUUAAAUAUGCAAUAUGUUUUCGUAAUAAAGCCUGGUAGAAAACAAAGGGAGUAUUUCUUUCAUUAUUGAUUGUUAUAGAUUUAUAUUUAUUUCGUAUAAUUCUCAUAAAUUCAAUUGAAUGUAUAAAAGUCUAGGCAUAUACUUUGUAAAUCGUAUAACUCGUUAGAUAAUAACUAAAUGUGUUCUCUAUGUGCAUCAUGUAUAAUGUUUGUGUUCUGUGUGUAAGUAUUUUAGUUGUAGCGCAUAAUUCAUUGUGCUUCGCUGAGCAUUGGUCCAAAAUUCGAUUGUAAUCUCCGAUUUAAUCCGAAUCCGAUGAUAUAUUGGUACAAGAAUCGCGUGCAAUGCGUUUGUUAAUUGGAUUGUAAAGGCCAUUCAUUUGAUAAGGUCCACGGUAAGUAAUAAUAUUCUUUGGUGUCUCGAAUAUUUUCACCUCGUACAGCAGCUCUGGUUUCUUCAGGUGUGUGCGUAUAUUAUCCCAAAUAUACACGGCCAGAUUCUCCGUAGUG